GAUAGCUGUAUGGGUGAGUGUGGCGCCUGGAGCUCCGGCCCUCCCUUUCUUCUUUGGCUUGAGGCCCUCCGCCGCCGUCGAGGUGGAAGGGGCACGGCACUACUGACAUAGGCUCGCUUAGCAGUAGCCCUGUGCCUCAUGUUCAUGAAGUUUUACCAUCUAUUUAAAUAAUCAAAAAUGGAAAAUUCUGCAAAAGCAGAGGAAUGUGAAAAGAUCUCUCUGGAAGAGGCAAAAGCAUCACUAGAUUUGGAAACGGAGUCUUCAUUGAGUAGUAGUGAAAACAUGGCCGCUCCUGGGACUGGGCUUUCUGAAACGGCUCUUACUUCUGGACAAGUAGACACACCAAAAAAGAGGAAAAUGGAGUUUGAAGAUGAUCUUGUAAAGGAAAGUUCUAGUUGUGGGGAAGACACUCUGUCCAAGAAAAGAAAGCUUGAUGCUGAAAUUGUCCCAGAGGAAAAAGGUUCUGGUGAUGAUGAAGGCAUUUCAAGGAAAAGAAGAAUGGACACUGAUGAUUUUCCAAAAGAUGGACCUUCCAUUGGAGAUGGCACUCAGAAAAAGAGAAAAAUAGAACUUGAGGAUGUUCCUGAAAAGCGAAAAAGCUUGGAAGAAGGACACAGCUCAGCAGUGGCCGCCCACUACAAUGAGCUUCAGGAAGUUGGUUUGGAGAAGCGUAGCCAAAGUCGUAUUUUUUACCUAAGAAACUUUAAUAAUUGGAUGAAAAGUGUCCUCAUUGGGGAAUUUUUAGAAAAGGUGCGACAGAAAAAAAAAUGUGAUAUCACUGUUUUGGACCUGGGAUGUGGUAAAGGUGGAGAUUUGCUCAAGUGGAAAAAGGGAAGAAUUAACAAGCUAGUUUGUACUGAUAUCGCUGAUGUUUCUGUCAAACAGUGUCAGCAGCGGUAUGAGGACAUGAAAAAUCGUUGUCGUGAUAAUGAAUAUAUUUUCAAUGCAGAAUUUAUAACUGCUGAUUGUUCAAAGGAACUUUUGACUGACAAAUUUCGAGACCCAAAAAUGUGCUUUGACAUCUGCAGUUGUCAGUUUGUCUGUCAUUACUCAUUUGAGUCCUAUGAGCAGGCUGACAUGUUGCUCAGAAAUGCUUGUGAGAGACUGAGCCCUGGAGGCUAUUUUAUUGGCACCACUCCCAAUAGCUUUGAACUAAUAAGACGUCUUGAAGCUUCAGAAACAGAAUCAUUUGGAAAUGAAAUAUAUACUGUGAAAUUUCAGAAGAAAGGAGAUUAUCCUUUAUUUGGCUGCAAAUAUGACUUCAACUUGGAAGGUGUUGUGGACGUCCCUGAAUUCUUGGUCUAUUUUCCAUUGCUAAAUGAAAUGGCGAAGAAGUACAAUAUGAAACUAGUCUACAAAAAAACAUUUCUGGAAUUCUAUGAAGAAAAGAUUAAGAACAACGAAAAUAAAAUGCUGUUAAAACGAAUGCAGGCCCUGGAGCCAUAUCCUGCAAAUGAGAAUUCCAGACUUGCCUCUGAUAAGGUAGAUGACUAUGAACAUGCAGCAAAGUACAUGAAGAACAGUCAAGUAAGGUUGCCUUUGGGAACCUUAAGUAAAUCAGAAUGGGAAGCUACAAGUAUUUACUUGGUUUUUGCAUUUGAGAAGCAGCAGUGAGCACAUACGCAGUAGCACCAGAACAGCUAUGUUCCAUCUUACACAGAUUUGAAUGAUCCAUCUUAGAGAGAUUUGACAACUUUCUAUUUGUUUAUUUUAAUUAUUCUAAAUGUGCAGGAUGCUGCCAGAAACUCCAGUGUUUAAAUUCAACAUUUGCUGUCUGUGACAGAUGAACUUUUGUGUGUGUAUAUAAGAAUGAGUUGGGACCUUUGUCUUUAAAAAUCUAUUUUUAAGUAAUGUUCUAAGAAUUCCGUUUGCCUCUACUCUCUCAGCUCAUAAAAAUUAUAAUAUGACUUGUUACAGCCGCUGAACUCUUUCCACAGUGCUCUGGUUUGUUCAAUGUUUGUUUACAGUAUUAAAUUUAUUACAGUUAUAAAAUUGGUGAGGGAGCAUACUGAUUUGCAGGUGUCUGUGAUCAUUUCUGUAGUUUUGUUAUAUGGUGUUUUUCAAGAUUAAAUGGAUUGUGUUCUGUACAAUUGAAUGUAAGUGUUCAAUAUGUAUUGCUAAAGUUAUGUUUAAAACUAAAUUUUAGAUGGUCAUAAAAGUUACCUAUAAUUUUAGCCAGUUAUAAAUAAUACUUUAUUUGCUAAUAUGAUGCAAUUCUGGAGCUGAAUAGAAACAGUAUAGAUGCCAGCAUAGAAUUGUUUUGGAUUUGGGGGGUUUUCUCUUUCUCUUAAGAAUUUCCUACCAUAGCAAUUAAUGUUCCUAGGUUUCAAGAAUGUAAUUAGACAGAUUUACCUUUCUUCAUUGAACAAAAAUGCUAUAGUUGUUUUUCUUAAGAUUUAAUGAAAACCUCUCCCAUGUAAACCUGUGGCACAUUUUCUUCAGAUUUAUGUAUGGAACUGCAAUGGGAAGAUGUGACUGUAAAAGAAACUGAUAGACUUCAGAUUAAUUCUCCCCAGUGUUCUAUCUAGGUUCUCGGCACUACGUGCUAUAGAUCCCUUCCCCUCUUCGGCCCAGAAAGCAGCAGCUCCUCUUCCUCUAGUACAGCAUCAUGCUUUGCACACUAGAGUCCAGAGUCUCGUCACCCUUCAGAAUUUGUAUUUGCCGUUUCGGAACUGUUAAAAUUGUCAGCCUUGGCUUCUUGCUUGACUGCUCUCGCAAAACUGACACCUGGGUGAACUCUCGUCCUUACUUGACAUCACCAUUUAGGAAACUUGCCACUUUUUAGGUGUAGUGAAAACCUUAAAGAGCAAAGCAGAGCAGUUAUUGCAUAUUGUUUUAAAAGCAUUUAUUUAAAGCAUAUUUAAAAAUACAUUGCUUUCUGUAAUUAUCCAGAGUGGUUAAAAAGUGUAGUCUCUUAAUUCGUUUAUAUAUGUUGAUUGUUCCUGGUAUUAGAGUAGUAAAUCUUUUAGCAAGAGAACACAGGCUACUUAACUUCUCUUCGUUCUGCAAUCUGCCAGUCUCCAAACUGUUACCAGUUUACAGAAAUUUAGUCUUUUUUGCCUUAGUAGUGGUUUGCCAUAAGUGAUUUGGGGAAAUAAAUAAUGGUACUUCUGACUAUGGUGGCUGCUGUUAGCUAGGUAAGAUUUGGUAGUGGUGCUGGGGAGAAGGGGAGGGUGAGGUCUUAGUCUUACAUAUCCAGGUUCAUUUUAGUUCCGGGGAAAGUGCCAGAAAGUAUUUUUGAUUGUUUGGUAGAGUAUGAAAAGCUUCUUUAUUAUUUCCUAUCUUUAUUCUCAUCUAAUGUCUUAGUUAAUUCUAAGCAAGUAAUAAAACAUUUUUAGCCUCUUUCUGCUCCUUCUACUCCAUGAAUAAUUUUGGAGAGAGAAGACUCCCCCAAAGGAUGGAGUACGUGGUGGUAAUACAAAGCAGAGAGAAAAGGAAAGUGGAGUCCCCAGGGCCUUCAGUGGGUAGAAAAGAGCAUAGAGAGCCUGAAUGGAGCAAGCAGGGCUCUGGGGUCUGAGCAAGCUGUUGCGUGUGCGGGUGAGGCACAGAGCCAUGCUCAGAGGAUGCAGAGUUCUGGCUGUUACCUUUUCCUUUGAGCUUUGUUGGCCUUGUGGCCUUCUCUGCUUUUCCGCCACUCCCUGAUGUCUCCUUUCUGCAAUUAAGGUCUGGGCAGUGACUCAAGAAGAACUAUUAGGAAAAGAUAGUCCCUGCCCACCAUCUCCCAUCACCAAGGUAAAAGCUGGUAGGACUUACCCCCACAAACACUGCAGUCUAAAUAUUUGGUGAUUUUCCAUUCAAGACUGUUAGUAACUGUUACGAGAGGGGCAUGGCUUUUCGCUGUUGGGUCAGUGAUUUAAGAAGUUCACGGUGCAGGGCACUCCCAGACAUGUCAUCCAGUUUGUCUUCUGAGGAUAAGAGUAGAAAUAAAGAUCAAAUCAACCAUUGCGGAAAGGACACAACCUGAGAUUGGGAGGAUUGAUCUGGGAACAUGGCUGGAUUGUGGUAUGGCUAAGAACGCUCAAAUUGAAUUCUUUGGGCCUAGACUAUACUAAAGGAAAGGCACCACAUAGCUGCGGUGUUUCGGAAGAGAAGCUGGCCAUUUUCAGCUGCCUCCAAAGGGAAGUUGUCCUAAACUGCAGACUGCUGCAAGCCUGUGGGUAGUGACUGCUCCUUCAGUGCUCCCAAGCCUUUGGUUCUAAUGUGACUCUCCAAAGAAAUUUGCCUUCUGGGAGAGAAGGCAUUGGUUAGAGAUUUUGACUUCCGUGAACUAAUCUGUGUAAUGACUCUGAAAGGUGGGUUGUCAGUACAGUUCCUAGCUUACCCCUUCCCCAAACUUGGAAACUGAAGACCUUAGAUUGCUGUCUAAAUUUGUGUUAACAGCAUUAAGAGGGCAUCAGAGCAGAGGUGUACCAAGUGAGACAGGUUUAGAAGCAGGGUGCGUUGUUGAUGAGCAAUGGAGAGGCAGAAAAAGCUUUGUCAGCUAUCAGAUGUCCAGAUCUCCAGUCCCAUUAACUCUCCUGGGAAUGUAUUCUUCAGCCUGUCUUAGUUUAUUGCUGAGCAUUAUGUUACUUUGAAAUGUCUUCAAGUAUCCUUCUAAUGAAGAUUUGGCUUCUUAUACAGGUCUGCCUACAGGGAGAAAACGCCAGUAUGAAUAUUCUAGCUACUGAACAUUGUUUUUCAUUGUUGAUAAACUUUUCAUUGUCUACCUCAGGCUUUGUGUGUAUCGUGAGCCAGUCACUGCCAAGGUCUCUUCAGGGUCUUCAAAGUAGAGGCCAGAUCAAGGGACCAGGGCCCUAUAGUUUAAGUUAUAUCAAAUGCCUGCAGCGUUUGCUGGCUCUUUGGUCAAAUAGGACGCAUAAGUGUAUGAUGUCACCACCUCCCUAGCUGUAGUUCUCUGGAAUACUACACACCUGAUAAGAAGUUUCUUCAUUUCCCACCCUCUGCCAGAGCAAUGUUGCUGAUUGUUUAAAGGCAAUCAGUGCAAUGACUGCAACACUUCUUUAUUUAGUGAUGUGUUUAUUUAGCAGAUUUAUAGGGGAUGGAGGUUGGAGGACAGCCAACUCUUAUCCUGUCCUCAGUUUCUCCUCAGCUUCCAUUUAGCCCCGAAGCAGGUGUGCCUGUUCCUCACUGCAAUACCGAGCAGAUGUGCCUACCCAGGAGUACUCUCCUCAGUUUGCCUGGGCAGACUUUUGGGUUGGCCCCAAAGCCCUCUGGUCCCUGGACUCAUCCUGCACCAUGCUUCCUUGGGGACAACAUACCUUUGAUAAAGCCAAGUUGACAGCUAAUAUUUAUUAAGCUGCUACCUUAUAUGUCAAUCACUUUUCUAAAUGUUUUAUAUGUGUUAACUCAUUUUGAUCCUUAUAACAACUGUAUAAGGUAAGCACCAGUAUUCCUAUUUUAAUGAUGAGGAAACCAACGCACAGAGAGGAUACAAAUUUGCACGAGGCAGAGCCAAGAUUUGAACACUACUUAUCCCCCAAGUCGGGCCUGCACUCCAGAGGCAUGUUAUUUACCUCCAGGGGUGUUAGAAAGGUUCAGGUGCCUCCUCGCCCAUCCACUACCUGUAGCUUGAAGUGUUAACUAUUGGAGCUCCAUCCUUCUGGUUCAAAACUUUGAUACUUAUUUAAAUGUCCCCUGAAAGGAGUAGUUAGUCGUGAGUAAGAGGCUUUGAGGCACAGAGCAGGAGGGCACCUGAGCUUACUAGGGGAGGAGGGGAAAAAUUGAAGAGUCGCCAGGCAGGAGGCAAAGGUAGACUUGGAUUUCACAUUUGUUAGACCUGCUCCUUCAGCAACCAGACCUGUAGCAAAUCUAGUUUAGUGUGUAUGUUAGGGGGCAGAGUGGGGGAGGUGGUUGUCCUCUCACCCUCACCUUUUAGAAGGAUCAGUUAGGAGUGGCCAAGGGGGAGGCCAAGAGAGAAGGAAUUAUUUCUUUAGUCUGAGCUGAUUGUCCAGGCAGAGGCAAAUCAUUUUGUUGAAGUGUAACAUAUAUACAAACAACUUAGUGAUUUUUCACAAAUGGAACACAUACAAUCACCACCCAGAUCAACAAACAAUAUUACCAGUACCCCAGAAGCUCCCCUCAUGCUCCCUUCUAGUUACUACCUCCCCAAAGGUAACCACUAUCCUGACUUCUAAGAGCAUAGAUUAGUUUUGUCUGUUUUUGGACAUUAUAUUAUUGGAAUCAAACAGUAUGCUUUUGUAUCUGGCAUAUUCACUCAACAUUGUGUUGCGAGAUUUUUGUUGCAUGUAAUUGUACAUGGUUUGUUCUCAUGGCUAUAUAGUAUUCCACUAUGUGAAUAAACCACAUAUUUAUCCAAUGGAUGUUUGGUUCAUUCCUAGUUUGGGAACUAUGAUCAAUAGUACUCUAGCUUCAGAUAUUUUAGUAUAUGAAUUUUGGUGCACAUAGGUACUCAUUUCUGCCUAGGAGUGGAAUUGCAGGGUCAUAGUAGGUACAUUAGGUUCAGCUUUAUUGGAUACUGCCAAAGAGUUUCCACAAUUCCUGUUGCGCCACAUUUUUGCCAACACUCAGUAGUGUCAGUCUUUUUUAUUUUAUUCUGUCAGGCAUGUAGCUGUAUCUCACUGGGGUUUUAGUUUUCAUUUCACUGAUUAUUAAGGUGAUUGAGCACUUUUCAUAUGCUUAUUGGCCUUUGUCCUCUCAUGAAAUAUCUGUUCAAGUUCUUGCCCAUUUUUCUAUCAAGUGAACUAUCUUUGUGUAUCGACUUGUUGGUUUUUAAAAAUAUAUCUAUUCUGGAUACAAGUGCUUUGUUGAAUGUAUGUGUUGUGAGAAUAUAUUUGAUGGAAAGAAACUCUUAAUUUUAAUAUAAUGCAAUUUACCAGU